AUGCCGGACGACAGGCCUUCAAUUGUCCCCAAAGGCGUGCCGGUCGGUAGCCCGCUGAGCCAGCCAGCCCACACGCUCACUUGGGAAGCUGUGAUUAAGGAACUUAGCACGGAACUGGAUGAGGGUCUGGCUCCCGACGAAGCUAGUCGUCGUCUCCAGCGAUAUGGACCUAACAAGCUCGAUGAAGGGGAAGGUGUGUCAGUGGUCAAGAUUCUCGUGCGCCAGGUGGCCAACGCAAUGAUGCUAGUGCUGAUUCUGGCCAUGGCGGUCAGUUUCGGUAUUCAAUCCUGGAUUGAAGGGGGAGUGAUCUGCGCUGUCAUCGUGCUAAACAUCAUUGUUGGUUUUUUUCAAGAGUUUGCCGCGGAGAAGACCAUGGAGUCGUUGCAUUCUUUGUCGUCGCCGACGGGGAGUGUCUCGAGAGGUGGUCACACGUUCUCGGUACCGUCUGCGGAGAUCGUGCCCGGUGAUAUGGUUGAGCUGAGGACGGGAGAUACCAUUCCAGCGGACAUUCGACUCGUCGAAGCGGUCAAUUUCGAAACCGACGAAGCUCUCCUAACUGGCGAGUCUCUACCCGUCCAGAAGGAAUGUGACUCGAUAUUCAAAGAGGACACUGGCCCCGGAGACCGUCUCAAUAUUGCCUAUAGCUCGAGUACUGUGACUCGCGGUCGUGCACGCGGUGUGGUUGUCAGUACAGGCAUGUCCACCGAGAUUGGUUCGAUUGCUCUCGCAUUGCGGGCUAGCGACAGCAAACGUCGACCAGUCAAGCGCGGUUCCAGUGGCGAGACUAAGAAACGGUGGUACAUCCAGGCCUGGACUCUCACGGGGACGGAUUCUGUGGGACGAUUCCUCGGCGUCAAUGUCGGCACACCCUUACAACGGAAACUAUCGAAAUUAGCAUGUUUCCUUUUUGGAAUUGCUGUCCUAUUUGCUAUUGUUUGCAUGGCUGCAAAUCUCUUCAGCAGCAAUACUGAAGUCAUUAUGUAUGCCGUUGCUACUGGUAUUAGUAUGAUUCCAGCAUGCUUGGUUGUCGUGCUUACUAUCACUAUGGCGGUCGGUACUAAGCGCAUGGUGGAACGGAAUGUGAUCGUCCGCAAAUUAGAUUCGUUGGAAGCCCUCGGUGCAGUCACAGAUAUUUGUUCUGAUAAGACAGGCACAUUGACUCAAGGAAAGAUGGUCGUUAAAAAGGCAUGGAUUCCAUCUUGUGGGACGUACUCCGUCGGCGCAUCCAACGAGCCUUUUAAUCCUACUCUUGGAGAUGUGACUUUCACUCCUGUUCCUCCUUUGCAGUUUGAUGAGGAGAAAGAAGGACCCGCCACAGAAAAUGUGGAGAGUCUCGUCUUGGAAAAUAGCCAGCUCGAACACUUCUUGGAUGUUGCAUCUAUGGCUAACCUCUCUCAUGUCUAUAAGUCCGAAGCGGGUGAAUGGCAAGCGAGAGGCGAGCCCACUGAAAUUGCCAUCCAAGUUUUUGCAUCGAGGUUUAACUGGAAUCGCGACCGGUGGUUGAAGGGAAGGGGCGUAGUAUGGCAUCAAAAGGCUGAGUUUCCAUUCGACUCCACUGUCAAGAAAAUGUCCGUCAUCUUCAACAAAGUCACCCAGCAAGAGAAUCGUACGAUGGUGUUUACCAAGGGGGCAGUGGAGCGUAUUGCUGAUGCGUGUACCACUGUAAUUUGGGACCACGAUUCGUCUCUGCCCGUGCCAAUGACUGAAUUCCACCGCGAGCAAAUCCUGCAGAACAUGGAAGAGCUCGCCAAGAUGGGACUUCGAGUAUUGGCUUUGGCCCAUCGACCGUACACUGAUCAGCCACAAGUGCUUGAAAGCUCCGUUCUGGCACGUGAAGAUGUCGAAAAAGAUCUGUGCUUUCUAGGACUGAUCGGCUUGUACGAUCCGCCUCGGCCUGAAACCGCAGACUCGAUUCAGGCUUGCUACCGGGCUGGUGUGGUUGUCCAUAUGGUGACUGGUGACCACCCCGGCACUGCGAAAGCAAUUGCCCAGCAGGUGGGUAUAUUGCCUGCUGACUUUGGCACUGUGGCGAGUGAUGUCGCGGACGCUAUGGUUAUGACUGCUAGCCAGUUUGACGGACUUGGUGAUGAGCAGAUAGAUGCGCUUCCUACCCUACCUUUGGUCAUUGCACGCUGUGCCCCACAGACCAAGGUGCGCAUGAUCGACGCCCUUCAUCGACGCGGCCGGUUUGCAGCGAUGACGGGAGAUGGUGUGAAUGAUUCUCCGUCGCUUAAGCAUGCUGACGUAGGUAUUGCUAUGGGACAGGCAGGGUCAGAUGUGGCGAAAGAUGCGUCAGACAUUAUCCUCAUGGAUGAUAAUUUUGCCUCGAUCUUGAACGCUGUUGAAGAAGGUCGCCGUAUCUUCGACAACAUUCAGAAAUUCGUGCUCCAUCUGUUAGCCGAGAACAUUGCUCAGGCCUGUACAUUGCUUAUCGGGUUGGCUUUCAAAGACGCCGAUAAUCAAUCCGUCUUCCCUCUGGCGCCCGUGGAAAUUCUCUGGAUUAUCAUGAUUACAUCCGGUAUGCCGGACAUGGGUCUUGGUAUGGAAGUGGCUGCCCCGGACAUUAUGAAUCGUCCUCCCCAGAGCAAGCAAGGCAUCUUCACCUGGGAGGUGAUAGUCGACAUCCUGGUGUAUGGCCUAUGGACCGCAGCACUCUGCCUGUCAGCCUUCUCGAUCCGCGUGUGGGGAUUCGGAGAUGGCAACCUGGCUCGUGGCUGCAACAAAGAAUGGUCUGAAGAGAUUCAGGACUGUGAACUUGUCUUCCGAGCACGCGCCACCACCUUCGUGUGUCUGACGUGGUUCGCGCUUUUUCUGGCCUGGGAGAUGGUGAACAUGCGCCGCUCAUUCUUCCGUAUGCAACCGAAAUCCAAGAAAUACUUCACCCAGUGGAUUCACGAUGUUUGGCGCAACAAGUUCCUCUUCUGGUCCAUCAUGGCCGGGUGGAUUACCACGUUCCCUAUCCUUUACAUCCCCGUGCUCAACGACGUCGUCUUCAAGCACAAGCCCAUCACCUGGGAAUGGGCCAUCGUGGCCGUCGAGGCUGUGCUGUUCUUCAUCGGCGUCGAAGCCUGGAAGUGGGCCAAGCGGGUGUUCUUUCGUCGCAGAGCCAGGAAUCACCCGAUGCCAACGGCGGUGGAAGGCUUACCUGAACAAGCCUAA